GGUCGGCCUAUCAGUAGCGUGUGCGGCCUGUGAGCGCUGGGAUACGUUUCUACACACAUAACAUCAAGGAUUUGUAUUUCCUGUGAACAUUUUUAAGCUCAUAUCUUGCUGCGAAUACAUUACUAGUUAAAAAGUACCUUGGUGAUCUUCUCGUAGUGCAAACCCAUAUAAAAUGUCCCCUAUAGCUACUUCAUGCUGAAAUAUAUAAAUUAUUUGCAGAAAUAACUAGUUUACAUUUCCCUAAUAACGUAACGGGAUCGAUUGCCUAAUUAAAUAUUACGGUGGGUGUCGGUCGAACUACCGUCACUGGCUAGACUUGCAGCACACUCCCAGAUGUUGCCAUGGUUGAUAUUGUUGUUGGGGUGUGCGAAAUUCGCUAUUGGCGACAAGUCCCCGGAAACCUUAUGGAGCAACGGGCACCUGGAGACCUUCCAGAGCGAUGUUUACCUGGAAACCUUCCAUAGCGGCGUAUGGAAGGUCCCGGAGGACACGCCUCUCAACCUCACACUGUCUCUCGGGUUCAACGCCAGUGACGCCGUGUGCAGUGAUGGACGGGACCUGACAGAGGCGUGGCUGGAGGUGACGGUGGUGCUGGACGAGGACUGGAAGCUGGACAUAGUAAACAAGAGCGUGCAGUUCAGGGUGGCGGAGGUGUGUGCCAGAGUCAACAAGAGCCUGGCCUUCUCCGGCUACUACUGGGGACUCACCAAGCUGGCUUUCUUCCUCACCCACAACGACCUCGACCCUUACUUUACUAAUGCAACCUUACUGAGGGACGAUCUUAGGAUAACAGUGGACCGCAAGACACAGACGGUCGAUAUCCUCUUCAUGUCCUUUGGGACCGUCUUCGUGCUCUUCAACAACAUCAACAUGGGCGCCCAGCUGGAUCUGAAGGUCAUCAUGGGUGUUCUGAGGCGACCCGUCGGUCCCGUGUGUGGCUUUAUCUCCCAAUUCACCUGCAUGCCCCUGGUGACAUAUAUGAUGGGGAAUGUGUUGUUCACGGACCCGCUGCAGCGUCUGGGACUCUUCACGCUAGGCUGCAGUCCCGGCGGCACCUCCUCCAACUUCUGGACCCUCAUGUUCGACGGGGACAUCAACCUCUCCAUCACUAUGACCAUUAUCUCUUUGGUCGCUGCCCUGGGGAUGAUGCCGUUGUGGAUGUUCACGCUGGGGGAGAACCUGACGGAGGAGCACACCCACCUACACAUACCAUUUUCAAACCUGGUCCUGGCGCUCGUCAGCCUCACCGUCCCCAUCGUCAUCGGCAUGUUGAUCAGGUACUCCGCCACCAGGUGGAAGCGACGGAGCUGGGCAGAGAAAGGUAGCAAGAUUAUCAAGCCUUUCACUCUCAUGGUUCUCUUCUUCUUCAUUACGGUGGGAACGUUCAACUCUUACAAAGUGAUGGUGCUGAUGACGUGGCAGAUGGUGGUAGCUAGCCUGAUGGUGCUGAUCUGCGGCUACUCCUUCGGUGCCACCCUCGCCACGAUCAUGUGCCUUCCCAGGAAGCAAAUUAUCGCAGUCAGUAUCGAGACAGCCUUCCAGAACGGUGCUGUGGCCUUGAUGGUCCUCAAGUUCUCCCUCCCGAGCCCCUACAGUGACCUUGCUUCUGUUCCCAUCUUUUCUACUAUCCUGCUGGCUGGGCCGCCCCUACUUCUUGCGUAUAUUAUCUACUACCUCUCACAACGCUUCUGCGGGUGUUGUGCUGACAAGGGGCAGCUCGAACACACAAAUCAGCCAGGUCAAGAAGUCGUGGAUUUAAAGAGAUCAGCAGAGGACAUUGAGAGCACGUCUGCUAGAGAAACGUCUGAAUUCAUCUCUGAUGCAAACGCAAGAAGUUCGAAGCAAUAAUAUUAUUGGGUCAAAUUUUAUUACUACUGUGUAGUCUGAGGAAAUUUGGCUGCUGGUUGUGUAAUUUAAUUAGCUUCUCCGAGUGACCCAGGGAACUAAUAUAUACUACACAAAGUCUUCAUUUGAAAUUAACUGUAUACAGUACUAUUUAUUUUUUAAGGUAAGUUGUUAAAAUUAUUUGCACCAGUCCCAUUUCCCAGUGACAUUCUGCUGCCGAGAACAGUAGUGUCUUUGUGUACUGUCCUUCGCCUGAAACACUCAUAGUUUUCCAUCAGUGUUUUCGUAAUUAAACGUAAUUUUUCUGGGUUCGAAAAUCUUGUCAAGGCCUUGAAACUUUUUGAUAUACAGGUACAUGUAUUGUUUAAUUACGAAAACACUGUUGGAAAACUAUUAGUUAGAAAGAGUCCUCGUAGUGUUAAUUGUGUAAUUUACAAAGAGAGAGGACGGUCACACCCUCCGACGACCGACAUGGCGACGACUGGAGGUGCGCACAGCGUCUUUCCUAUAAAUAUUCACGAUACCUUUGAGGGUUUUAAGAAACCACUGCUACAUGGCACACAUUUGGAUCAUGAUCGUCACCCGGUUUUAGAGGAGGAUCCAGAGGGAGUUUUCCAGGACAGUAAACAUCACGGUAAGGCAAACAGAGUAGAGCGCAACGCUGCCAUCGUAGAGAGGUAAACGAGACCAUCCCGACCUCACGCGGCCUGAAUAUCAACAUCCACCACUCAACCAAUGUAGGACAGGUUCUCUUUGUUUGCAGACUUUCAUUAUUCCCUUUGAUGACGAAGAUAGGAGUGUUUUCGGAAAUAGCAGGGCACAAAGUAUCCUAUAUAAUGCUAUUCCCAAAAUAUUUAAGAUCAAAGUGCACGAUAUUAGACCUAAUAAACAAAGGAACUUAAUCGCAGUGGACCACUAACACAGCGAGGAGCUAGAAUUUUCAGACGUUACUGACAUCUGUGGAUAUAAAGUCAGAUGCUACCAACCACUAGGUGACCGAUUAGCAAAAUAUGUAAUCCGACAUGUUGUAGACAUUAUUGCAGACGACAUCAAGGCAGAUGAUGCAGGCUUCAGGCACAUGACAACCUAGUCUUCGGAGUCAAAAAAUGUAUGCGUUGAACAAACGGAGAACUGAGUGAUAUAGGCACUGACCUGCUUACGUUUCUAGACUACUUUCCCCCUAAUCUGGUUUGGAUUAACGGCUUCCUCCAUAAACUAGAGUUGUAUGUAUCACGUCCCACUCAGUGCUUCAGAUGUAAAGGUUUUUAACCAUACCUCGAAAAUUUGCACCAAAGACAUUAAAUGUGGGAAAUGCUCUGGUUCCCAUUACACACAAGAAUGUGCAUCAAAUAUACUCACCUGCUCAACCUGUGGUGGCGAUCAUGACAUUACAUUCAAACCAUGUCCUUCAUACAUAGCAGCAAGAACUUAGGUUCUCCCCACCAACAACCUGCAACACAGUAGUGCAGUGAUACAACCUAACUCAGUUCAUCAUCAACUGCAACCUCACACUCAACCAAACCCUUUGCUUGUACCUGAUGUGUCUGUCACUGACAAUCCUGCACCCUCAGAGUCCAACUCUCUCUCAUAAAACGUACAAUUGAGUUCUGAUCUUGUUGAAAAUCUUGUCACUCGCAUUGAAAAUGCACUAGAAAAGACGCUGGACCGACUCCUAACUAAAUUUUUUACACAAGUAAACGAACCCAUCCCUGAAGCUGAGUCAACACACCCCAUCGACAUCUACAGAGAAUGACAUCCGCCCUAACACAACUACCAUUGCUAGAAACACAUCGUUUGAACUGAUGCUGGAAAACCUCCUAAGUGACAUCGUAGCACGCCUUACCAAAAUCACUCCCCAGGCUAACUUACCACAAACCCCCAACCACCGGCACAAAGGGUAAGAAACCCCCAGCUGUACAAACCUCCCAGCGACCCGGCAUUUUGGCAAAAAAACAACAACACAUAAACCACAUUCUCCCACGACACAUCCUCCAACCACUCCCAGAUAUUCAACACGGUGUACUACUGGCACGUCCAAGAAGACCGAUGUAAUCCCAUCCUAGACGUUAAGAUCC